AUGACUAAACUACCAAUUGCACCUUUGCCACCAACACCUCCUAAAAUAUAUAGAGUUGAACCUAAUGAUUUCAAGGAUGUUGUCCAAAUGCUCACUUCAUCUCCCGAGUUUCAAUCUGUCUCUAAUGAUUCUAUCUCUCGUUUUGAUUCUGGUUCUGGUUUUGGCUCUCGCUCUAGUUCUUUUAAUUCGAGGCGUUUACAGGAUAUUGCUCCUCCUCCACUUGAUCUUUCACCAGUUUCAUUACAAAGAAGUAACAACAACAACAACAACAACAAUAAUAAUAAUGAUGUUCUUGCACAAUGGCGCGAGUUCCUUCUUCCUUCUUCUUCUACAAACGACCAAUUUGAGAUGUGUGUUGAUUCAACAACGUUUGAAGCACAAGAAAGAUCACAUGUAACGCCUCGGAUCCCAUCAGAAAAUUAUUUUGGAUCGUGUAGUCCCUUGGCUAAUUUUCCUCUAUCGCCUGCUUCUUUUGCAUGGUGUUCUUCUAUUCUUUUUAGCCCGGGUACACUUACUUCACCAAGCGCGGUUCAAAUCAUAUAA